AAGAGGUGUUAAGAUUUGUGUACAUUAUAAUCCGUUGAUACUUUUGUAAGCUUGAGUUGCAGGCGGCAAGCGACUCUCACUUCACUAGCUAACAACUGUAAUCAGCGAUAGAAAGCUGUUGUAACAUCUCCAUAGUGACCCUUCGUUAGUACCAUGCAAACCCUUUUAGGCAGGCGCACAGGGCGACCGUUCACGGCGCAGCGAUGCCAACCAUCAGUACCCACGGUUGUGAGGGCCCCGUCGACGCGCCGUGUCCGAGCUGCGUGCCAGGCCAAGCUACAAAUGCGAGAGGUGAUUGAGAAGCUAAUCGCUCGCGAGGACCUAACCGAGCAGCAAGCAGAAGAUGCACUGACGACCCUGCUGGGCAACUUCGUACCGGAGCAAGCGGCGGCAUUCCUGGUGCUGUUGCGAUCCAAGGGCGAGACGCCGGCUGAGAUCGCGGGUCUGGCUCGGGCCAUGUUGGAGCAGGCGGUGCCGGUGGAGACCUCGCAGCCAGUGGUUGACAUCGUGGGCACGGGCGGCGACGGCAUCGGCUCCGUCAACAUCUCCACCGGCGCCUCCAUCCUGGCGGCGGGGGCGGGCGCGCGGGUGGCCAAGCACGGCAGCCGCUCCGUGUCUAGCCUGUGCGGCAGCGCGGACGUGCUGGAGGCGCUGGGUGUGUCCAUCGACCUGGGACCCGCCUCCAUCCGCCGCUGCCUGGACCAGGCGGGCAUCGCCUUCAUGUUCGCACCCCGCUACCACCCGGCCAUGCGGGCGGUGAGGCCGGUGCGGUCGGCACUCAAGGUGCGCACGGCGCUCAACAUGCUGGGUCCGCUGCUCAACCCCGCACACGCCGCGUACGGGCUGGUGGGGGUGUACGACACAUCCAUCUCGGAGCUCAUGGCGGGGUCGCUGAUGCGCAUGGGUGUCCGUAAGGCCCUGGUGGUUCACUCCAUGGGGCUGGACGAGCUCACCCCCAUGGGCCCUGCGGACGUGGUGGAGGUGGCGGCGGGCGGCGCGAUGCGGCGAUACACGCUGGACCCACGGGACGUGGGCAUCCCGCGCUGCGAGGUGGAGGACCUGAAGGGAGGCGAUGCGGCGCUGAAUGCGGCCAUCCUGCGGGACGUGCUGGCGGGGCAGCGAGGUCCGGUGGCGGACGCGUUGGUGCUGAAUGCGGGUUACGCGCUGGCGGCUGCGCAGGUGGCGGGUAGCCCAGCGGAGGGGGUGGCGCUGGCGGCUGAGGUGCAGCGGCGGGGGGAUGCCACGCGCGUGUUGGACACUUGGGCGGCGGUUAGCCAGCAGUGCGCGAAGCAGGAAAGGGAGGAGCAGGCGGGGGCGGUGGUGGCGGCGUGAGGGCGGGAGCUGCCUAUGCAAGGGGGGGUGCAUGAAGGGGUGUGUUAAAAAAAUGGCCGCCGUACUGUGUUGUGGGGGGUGUGUUGGGGGUUGGAGACUGAGGAAGAGCAGCAGGGUGGCAGGACGUGGGAUCGGAAAGGGUAGAGGCUCAGAGGGUGUGGCCAUUAGCAGGGCCCAGUGCAGGAGGGCAUGCGUGGUGAACAUUAUAAAUAUGUGCAACAACACAGUCCCAGUUCCGAAUCCCGACUCAUGCAGUGAGCGCAUUCGGAGACACUAUCCUAGGAACACAUGCAGGGUGCGGGCAUGCGGGGUGGGGGAAAGCCAGCGGGCUAGGGGUACACGAGGAGGGACAUGGGGACGGAGGCUGGGUGCACUGGUGGCGGGUGUAGUACCGGUAUUAGGGCGUUGUCAGCUGAAGGUAGGACGCUAACGGGACGUGAUGCGGUGGGGGGGGCGAUGGGUUACUUAACUUGGUUACGUCCCGUUUGGUUGCAGCAACGGUUGCUGGAUACUUGGGCGGCGGUCGGACAUCCAGUUGAUAAUUUGAUGGCACCAUGACACACAGCCAAUCGGACUCGCAGUCCUGCCAAGGGGCCUGGGGGGUUGCUGCCCUCGUGUCGUGCCGCGGUUACAACUGCCUGAAAAAGGAGC